GACCGCUAGAGACACACGGCUAACCCAACCAGCUGACUGAGAAUAACCAGCGGCUUAUCUGACAGACAGCUGAGGAAGUUUGGCUCGUGUCAGGAUCAGGAUCAGGAUGGGCUGCGCGAUAUCAGGAUCCGGAUUGACUCCGAGAACACAGGAGAUCAGAAGCACGGAGGACGCGGAAGGUCCGGCGCGUCUCACGCCGCGUCACAUACACCUGAUCAAGGAGUCCUGGAAAGUCAUCCAGGAGGACAUCGCCAAAGUGGGGAUUAUCAUGUUUGUCAGGUUGUUUGAGACGCAUCCGGAGUGUAAAGACGUCUUCUUCCUCUUUCGAGACGUGGAGGAUCUGGAGAGGUUACGCACCAGCAGGGAGCUUCGUGCACACGGCCUGCGAGUGAUGUCAUUCAUCGAGAAGAGUGUAGCGAGACUCGAUCAGCUGGAGCGGUUGCAGACUCUGGCGCUGGAACUGGGAAAGAGCCACUACCGCUACAACGCUCCACCCAAGUAUUACGGGUACGUGGGAGCCGAGUUCAUCUGUGCCGUACAGCCGAUCCUGAAGGAGCGAUGGACGGCAGAACUGGAGCAGGCCUGGAAGACUCUGUUCCAGUUCGUCACCGGGAUCAUGAAGGACGGUUAUCUGGAAGAAGAGAAAACCAAACGCAACCUCAUGUUGACGUCCACCAAAGAGAGACCAGACAAGAGGAACACGAUGAUCUGAUCGGCUCAGAAACCUUACGUGAUGUGGCUUAGUUGUGUACAUAGUGUAUUUAUUUCAAUUCUUCAUUUGUUUUUUUUGUACAGUACAUAAUGUUCACGUCUCUGAUUCUGGAGUCUUUGGGAUUUCCUCACGAUGAUGGAAACAAUGAUUAGUGAUGUCAAACUCAAUAAAAGAAAUAAUUUAUUAGCAAA